CGCACCGAACCCUGCGUGGCUUUCAGUGUCAUGUCCGUGUUUACAAGCGGAGCGUGACGUUCGCGGACUCGCAAGAAAGACGCCCCCAAAGAGCAACUCGGCGCUCUUCAUUCCCCGUAAUAGUGUCCGAAAUGCACUCGCUGAAGGCGUUCCUCGACGAGCGGCUGGCCGCGGCCGCGGAGGAGAUAUUCGGAGCCGUGGAGAAGACGAUAGCCGAGUACAAAGAGGAGAUUUCCCGUUCGAAAGAUUUAGAAAUCACCCGUCUCCGGUUGCAGCUGAAGCUCCUCAAGUCAGAUCCCCGGGUUGGCAGAUGCCUUGGAGCCCAGCUGCAGCCUUCCUCCCAUCAUCAUCCUCCUCCUCCCCCUGAGCAGCAUCAGUCCAUUCUCAUAGCAGAGGCUCCCGAGCCCCAGCACAGCGAGGAGGACGUGGACCAGGAGCAGCCGGAACCCUCGCAGGUGAAGAAGGAGCAGCAGAAGAGCCACAGGGAUUUCUGGAUGGAGCAGGACGCGGAGCAGCUGGAAGGCCUCGAGUCCGACAUGAAGGACUUCAUCUCGUCCCCCACGGGCCCGAAGCUGAGUCUGCAGGAGCCACCUCUGCCCUUUCACUUCUACCACAGCAGCAGCAGCAGCAGCGACGACGCCAGGGACAAACCCUACAGCUGCUCCGUGUGCGAGAAGCGCUUCAGCAACUGCUCCCACCUGGCGGCCCACAUCAGGACGCACACGGGCGAGAGGCCGUACAGGUGUGAAAUAUGCAGAAAGACCUUCAUCACCACCAGCGCCCUGAACAGGCACCAGACCAUCCACACCGAGGGCAAGCAGUUCAUCUGCAGUCAGUGCGGGAAGUCCUUCAAGUGGAUGGAGUCGCUGGGUCGUCACAUGAGGAGCGUUCACAAGAGGGAGGACGUGCCUGUAUGACUGUCUGCUGUGGGACACUGGAAUUAAACUUAGAUUACUUAUGUUGUUAUUGCCUCUGAUUCAUGUAGGAUUUCAUUAUCAGCCAUCCAGUGUGGGUAAACAAAAAUGUAAUAUCGUCUUUAUAUGUUUCAUUUGUAAAUGCAUUUUUCCCACUGUGGGAAAAAUAACGUUUUUUUAAUUCUUAAAUGAUGUUGUGAAAUGUGCUUUGGACCUGAUUUUGCCUUUUUGCACAGAAACAAAAGCUUUGUUUCAUUAAGUGCAAAUAAAUGUUAGGACUACA